AUGAGUCAUAUCCCAUAUGCUUCGGCUAUAGGAUCGAUCAUGUAUGCCAUGAUAUGUACUAGGCCUGACGUGUCGUAUGCUUUAAGCAUGACUAGUCGUUAUCAGGCUAAUCCUGGCGAGGCACAUUGGAUAGCAGUUAAGAACAUUCUAAAGUAUCUCAGGAGGACUAAAAAGAUGUUCUUGGUCUAUGGAGGGGAAGACGUGUUGAGUGUCAAAGGAUACUCAGACGCUAGCUUCCAAUCGGAUAGAGAUGACUGCUCUUCACAAUCUGGGUUUGUGUUCACUCUAAAUGGGGGCGCAGUUACUUGGAGAAGCUCCAAGCAAAGCACCAUUACGGAUUCGACGACAGAGUCGGAGUAUAUAGCGGUCUGCGAGGCAGCUAAAGAAGCCAUGUGGAUUAAGAAAUUCAUCGGGGAUCUAGGCGUGGUUCCUACCAUCCUUGAUCCCGUUGAGAUUUUCUGUGAUAAUAUGAGUGCGGUUGUCUUGGCUCAAGAACCGAGAUCUCAAAAGCGCACAAGGCACAUACUCCGAAAGUAUCACUAUAUUCGUCAAGUUGUUGCCAAUAAAGACAUUGUCAUUAGUAGGGUCGACACAAGUGAAAACUUGGCCGAUCCAUUUACCAAAGCGCUACCUCAAGCCAAACAUGAGGCUCAUAGUAGAUCUAUUGGAAUUCGUAUUGUUGAUGAUUUGGUUUGA